AUGUUCACCUACAGCCCUCUGAACCGCGAAAAGCGCGAGACUCGUGUCUUCCGAUUCACUCCUCCCCGCCACUCAGGCUCCGACCGCAUCACUCUUGAACUUCGCCAUGCCUCUCUUGACGAUGACGCCCUCCAAUAUCGGGCGCUGUCAUACGUAUGGGGAGAUUCCAAAAACAAAGAGGAUAUCGAGGUCAACGGCAAACUGUUUUCUGUCGGCGAGAAUCUGCAUGCUCUGCUGCAAAUGCUUCAGCACCACGGCGUGGAAUCUUGGCUCUGGGCCAACGCCAUAUGUAUCCACCAAUCCGACGAUGAUGAAAAGAGUUGGCAUGUCCAGAGCAUGUGUGACAUCUUCAAGAACGCCGAGUUUGUCUAUUCUUGGCUGGGCCUUGGCUCCGACGCAACCGAUGUUGCUAUGGAAUUCUUUUCGGACUGGGGCCCUCGUGCACUAAAGGUUGGUGUGAUGGAGGAGCUGUGGCCUAUACAUCUCCCCACGGAUGCACCAUUAGAGUCUUGUCUGGACGUCGCAGAAUUCAAUUAUCUUGCCAAAAUCAGACACUACUUUCUCCCGGAGCCGGCAUUUGAGAAGGCAAGCACGGUUGUGGAUGCUUCGAGCACGAGUGAUAAGUGGUAUAAUUUGGCGAAGUUUCUCUGCGACUUGCUUCAUGUUGAAGGGCUACGCGGGACCCGUGGGAAGUCCGUCUUGAGUGAUCUAGAAACUGGUAUUAUUCACCUAUUGACAAAUGAGUACUGGCACCGGAUAUGGAUAGUCCAGGAGGUGGCCUUGGCUCGGGAAGUCCUUCUUAUGUGCGGAGACAAGUUCACACCGAUUUCAUACUUCGAAGCGGUACUAGAAGCCCUCUGGAAAUUCUGUGGUGAACCUCCUAUGAUCUUUUCCGAUUUGCCACUGCAGCGCGGCUUCUGUGAGCGGUUCCCUUCUCAUCUUUACCCAAACAAGGCUUUGAUCAUUCGUCAGUUACUCUGCCGCAAAAUGAAAGUGAGCUUGGGCAUCAUUCUUGUGGCUUUCUCCGACGAAACCGAGCGUCCAUGGUAUCGCGCGACUGACCCACGCGAUAUCGUCUACGGUAUACUCGGCCUCCUUUCCAACGAUGACCGUCGUCCGUUUGGUCAUGUUGACUACAAAAAUACUACAUGGGUUGAUCUGUUUACUCAGGCCACGCGAUCUUUGAUUGAGGCGUCGUUGAUUACAAGGGUUCACGACGAUAUACAGUAUAAACUCGAAUAUUGUCUGCCCCGACCAAGAGACCAGCCAAGCGAGUUACCAAGCUGGGUACCCGACUGGCGGGACGUAGGUGUGAAUGGGCUACCGCAAAGCUUAACAACUCGCCCUUUCACAAUCACCGACCCCAUUUUCAAACACGUCGACGCAUGCUAUGGCGGCAGGAAGGGCUCCUACCCGACAUUCUUUGGACAUGGGAACCCAUCAGCCAUCCGAUUGCGCGGAUAUUUCGUUGAUUUUGUCACCGAUGUAAUGCAGUAUGACUACCAAGCUGAAAAUACUCUUGGAAAGGAUCGAGCAAGUGACUGGCUGGCACACAUUCGUGAUUUUACCCAGUUGCCGGAAAGCUCCGAUAUACAAGAUAUGGCAGGAGAAGACUAUGUCUGGCGCUUGGUGAUUCGUUGCCACAACAAAUAUUUUCUCAGAGGAUGGCUGGGGGAUGACGGGUUGCCGAGCAGUCCAGAGGCUGCUUGUUUUAUCCGCAGGCUCAUGCGCCAGGACUACUCGGAUCCUCAGACAGUUCCAUAUACCCUUCUUAAGUCCAUACGAAGAAUCGAAGAGUCGAAGGCAGUAUCUAGUACCAGGAGCUCGAAACACAUGAAUGAUGAUACCGCCCGUGAUGCGACUAUAGUUGUCGAUGGGAAGGCGCAGACCAAAAGCAAGUCGGUUGAUCCCGAACGUCUACCGGGUAGCAAUGGCAUCAGCGCAAGAGAUCUGAGAUUUUUCAUGGACUCAACAAUAAGACAGUUAUUUUGCCAAGCGAGAUCAAGAAAUUCCACGUUAUUCAAAACCCUUAAAGGAAUGCUGGGCAUCGGAAUUGGGGAUGUUAGACCUGGAGACAUGGUGGUAAUUCUGCAGAAUGCACACACACCCUUUAUCCUGCGUCCGAGACCGCAAAACGGGGAUGAAGUUGCGGCCGACCGCCUAGACAGUGGAAGUACCUUCACCUUGGGAGGAGAGGCAUGGGUGCACGGUAUUAUGUUUGGGGAGUUCAUGAAGACUGACCCAAAGGAGGAGGUUUUUGACAUCUAUUGA